AUGAAGCGGCUUGCCAGGCAGCAGGCAGACUGCGCGGCCGGCUUGCAAGCAGCCAGCAUGCCUGGGCGCCGUGCCGAGCUCCUAGAGCUGGUGGCCGAGCGCCCUUCCAAAGGGAGAGGGAAGCAGACGGUGCAUCAGGCCAGCCGCAUCGCGCUCAGCCCACCGGCUGCGCUGCCGCUCAUGCCUCGCAAGCUGCCUUGGGUCUACCUUCUUUUAACGUCACAAACCCAAGCCUCCGAUGGGUUUUUCCGAGUGAAUGAGACCACCUUCCUGCUGGAGCCCCUGGAGCAGGAUGCGGCUGGCCAGCACGCAGUGUACAGAGCAGCUCAUCUGCGGGGGAAGCGUGGCACGUGCCGAGAGUCUGGUGCCACCCUGGAAUAUGACCACGAGCCGAAAAUUCCUGCAGCCAUGAAGCUCUACAGAUGGAAAUCAUCUCCAUUACAAAAAGGUCCCCGAUACGUGGAGUUGGUCCUGGUGGUGGACAAUGAGGAGUUCAGGAAACACAAGGACUUGCGCACAGUGCAGAACCGCAUGAAGGAAAUAGUGAACCACGUUGACAAGCUUUAUCAGCCUCUUCAUCUGCGCGUGGCCUUGAUCGGCUUGGAGGUGUGGAGCCACAAGGACAAAAUCGUAGUCAGUCCCAACCCGGAGGUGACGCUGGACAACUUCCUCCACUGGCGGGAGGCAGAGCUGCUGCGUAGGAAGCCACAUGACAAUGCCCAGCUGAUCACGGGCAUAGACUUCCACGGCACAACCGUAGGGCUCGCCAAGAAGCUUGUGAUGUGCAGCAGGGACUCGGGCGGUGUCAACCAGGACCACAGCACGAAUCCUAUCGGUGCUGCGUCCACCAUGGCUCACGAGAUGGGGCACAACCUGGGGAUGUCUCAUGAUGAAGAUGUUGCUGGCUGCCGCUGUCCUGUCCCCAAAGCGGAUGGAGGAUGUGUCAUGGCAGCGAGCGUUGGCUUGGUUUAUCCCAAGCUCUUCAGCCUCUGCAGCGAGCAGGACAUGUGGCAGUUCCUUGGGGACCCCAGGACCAGCUGCCGGCUGAACGUCCCCAGGGCGGAUGAUCUGUACGGUGGGGGCGGGAACCAGUUUGUGGAGCGGGGAGAGCAGUGCGACUGCGGCACACCGGAGGAGUGCUCCGAUCGCUGCUGUAACGCCACCACUUGCCAGCUGAGAGAAGGAGCCCAGUGCGCCCGGGGGGACUGCUGCCAGGACUGCAAGGUGAAGGCUGCCGGGGCACUCUGCCGGGCCAGCAAGAACGACUGCGACCUGCCCGAGCACUGCACUGGCCUCAGCGCUGAGUGCCCAGAGGACGUCUUCCAGGAGAAUGGCAUCUCCUGUCAGAACGGCAACGGCUACUGCUACAACGGGGCCUGCCCCUCGCACAGUGAGCAGUGCCGCACGCUCUGGGGUGCAGAGGCCCAGGUGGCUCCCGAUGUCUGCUUUAAGCACAACAGUGAGCAACACCUUCACCUUCACUGCCUCACUGAGUAUGGGAAGCGGCCCUGCAGCCCCAAGGAUGUGAAGUGUGGCACGCUGCUGUGCCUGAGCGACAACGCCAGCCCCAUCCUCGGUGGUGGCUCCUACUCCCUCUUCUUCGGCCGCUUCAAGUGCAAAGCGGUCAUCAACAGCAACGAUGCCAACGAGGUGGUGGCCAAGCUCAGGCUGGUGCCCACUGGCGCCAAGUGCGGAGAGGACAUGUGCAACAACCAUGGGGUGUGCAACCACAAGCGGGAAUGUCACUGUGAGCCGGGCUGGGCAGCACCUUUCUGCGAGCAAAAGAUUUCAGGGAUGGCAGCAG